UAAAUUCUAAAAAUUAGACCGUAGAUACAAAUGGCGGUAUUCGUAAACAAGAUUGUUGCAUGUUCGAUAUUGAUUGGGAUUAUUGCGUUUAACAAGCUGUAAAAUUUCUAACAUGGUGAAAUGCUCGAUGUGGAGGGAUUUUACCUAGCAACUCACCCCCUGAUAGACUUUGUGUGGCUGUAGUUCAUUUCUCAUCAGGAUGCCGCAGAUUCGCACAUUGUGUCGAAUCAAACCCACGGCGGAAUAUUACCCAGAAUUCGAGGCCAGUCGGAAUACUCUGUACCUGAGAGUACCAGAGGUCCUUAGGGAAAACUGGGAAAAUAGUGUCCGUGGAAAGGCCAACGUCAGCCAUGAGUUCAACUUUGAUUACAUCUUUAAGAACACUGCGACACAGGAAGAAGUGUUUGAAGUGGCCGCCAAAGAAAUCAUACAAGCCUUCCUGAAUGGAUACAAUGGCACCAUCUUUGCCUAUGGACAGACAGGGACAGGAAAGACCUUCACUGUUGAGGGUAGCCCCAAACAGUACAAGCUUCGUGGACUGGAACCCAGGUCUCUGUCCAUGAUUUACAAAGAACUGGAGAAGAGAACUGACGAGGAUAUCAGUGUUCAUAUCUCCUACCUAGAGAUUUACAAGGAAACGGGAUUUGAUCUUCUUAGUACAGGGGCCAGAACUCAGUCAGCUGUAACUCCAUUUCCAAAGGUCUCUGUAAUGGAGGGUUCCCAGGGGGUGUGGAUGGUGAAGAAUCUGUCCGUUCAUUAUGCCGCCACAGAAGAUGUGGCACAGAACCUCCUGCUUCAGGGUCAGGCCAACCGCCGCGUAGCUGCCACUGCUGUUCACGACAGAUCUUCGCGGUCCCAUGCAGUGUUCACUAUUCAGCUGAGUUCAAAGAGGUCGGAUUCGGAUGUGGUAGUCAAGUCUAAACUUCACCUGGUGGAUUUAGCAGGAUCAGAGAGAGUGUCAAAGACUGGUGCGCAAGGAAACCUGCUGAACGAGGCCAAGUGUAUUAACCUGUCCCUCCAUUUCCUGGAGUCGGUGAUCAUCGCACUUCAAGGGGAUUCUGGGAGUAACGAUAACAAAGGAAGAGUGAGCAGUGCUGGACAUCAGAGGGGGAGGUCAAAGACUAGGGAAAACGGACGGCCCAGCACAGCAGAAGGUUUAAGCAGAACAGGUCCCCGCCAUGUCCCCUACAGGAACUCCCUACUUACCAUGGUCCUCAGGGACAGCCUGGGUGGUAACUGCAUGACCUGUAUGAUAGCUACUAUUUCAUUGGAGUAUCGUAAUCUAGGAGAGACCCUAUCUACCUGUCGAUUCGCUGGCCGUGUGGCCUGUAUUGCCAACAGUGUCAAAUUUUUGAGAGCAUUAACGAGAAACGAAGAGGUUGAUGAAAAAGCUUUAAUUAAGAAACUACGAAAGCGUGUGGCAGAACUAGAAAGUGAACUAUCAUGUCUGUUAAUGGCCAAGGAGGAUGUCAAGUUUAGUAUUGACAUGAUGAAUGCCAAACUAACAGACGAAGACAAAAUACAGUGCAAUAAGGUCAUCAAGUCCUACCUUGAUGGAAAGGUCGCAGAUCCCGUUAGUGAAGGAAUAACCAAUCCCUACAAAUUCCGAGAGUGCAUGAAAAUUUUGAAAAAAAUGAUUCUGGAAGGAUUGGGCAGCAGUGCUAACCCAGAUGAUGUGCCAAACUUUUUAAUGUCUUCUGAGGAAGCCAAUGACAUCAGAGCUAGCUCCACCCCAGAGAAAGGGACCCAGGUGCUGAAAGUACACUCUGACAAGAGGAAGAAUGAGGAAAAAACGGUACAAAUUCCUAUUCCGGCACGGAAUGCCUGGGGAGAGGAAUCAUACACCACUGCCCCAGAGCCACCCCUGAAUCGGCCCCACCAUCGACAGAGACGAAGGCCACAUAGGCCCCCGCAGGACACGGACGAAGAGGGGAUGAGGACGGCAGGAGAGAGCGAUGCUGAGCCAGCUCCCCAAAAACGGUCAGAUGCAGAAAAUUUGUCAACAAUCCUCAGGCAGAGCAGGAGUAGAAACAGAAGAAAGUACCAUUCUCCUUUUGAGAAGAAACGAAUCAAGGAAAUCAAGAAAUUGAAUGAGAAGGUAGAGACUUUGCAGCAGACGCAGAUCAGUAAGGAGGGGGAACUAGUCAAGAUGAAAAUCAACAUGGCGGAACAGGAACUGAACCUCAUGGAGGAGCAAGUCAGAACUAAACUGAACGUGACAAAGGAACAGCUAGCUGAUCAGAGAGCUUAUCUACAACAGCUAAAAACUGUUGAAGCUGAUAAACUAACUAUAGAGAGGGAGAAAACAGUAGAAAAGCAAUUACGCAAGAAAGAGGCAAAAGCCACAAAGAAGAUUGAAGUGAUUGAAGAGAAACGUAAACAGCUUGUUGAACACUCGGAGGAGGUGGACAAAGAACUGACCAAAGCCAAGCCAACCGUGCGGGAACAGUUUGGGAAGUACCGCAAGAGGGACGGCAGUCUCAACACCAGGCAGGUGUAUGACAUGCUGCGCUCGGAGGAAAAGAAACAGGAAAAGAUUCAAAAUCAGCUUGAACAUGAAAGAAUGGUAAUGAUAAGCCAGCAACUAGAGCUGAAAGAAGCUGCAACUCGACAGAAACUGCAGAACUUUAAAGAAUUGCUGAGGCUGUCUCACUCAGCAGGCUUUCCUGAUGGACAUGUUGGGCAUGCUAAUGAUCCAAGGGCUGUGACUGCCCCAGGAUUUGGUGAGGGGCCAGAGAGACUGAAAGCUCGAGAGGAAGUUGGACUUGAGGACAUGCAUGAAAGGACCGGUAGUCCUGAGAGGACCUUGUAUACUGCCGCUACCACUCAUAUCAAUAACGGACUGGAAUCACGGAAUAUUCAUACUCGAGAAUCAAGGGCCAUCACCCAAAAAGAGGAACCCAUGGACAGUCGACCAGUAUCACGUCAAAGUGUGAGAUCGACAAGAUCUGUUAUUCCUGACAGUGAGUUUUAUGCUAAACGGAAGCAGGAGAAGGAUCCCACAUCACGCUGGGAGUCCUCUUAUUCCCGGCCUUCCACAGCUUGUAGUCAGAAGCAGCCGGAUAUUGAUUUCAUUUACAUGCAGCCUAAAAAGCUGGACGACAGUGAAGAUGAGAUCAAGUACGGACUGACAGACGACGUGAAGUCUGCGCGAGAGGAAUCGAGAAAAUCAACGGCAAGGUCCAAGCCCCCACCAGCACCUAGUCGAUCGUCAAACCGGAUAGAUGACGGAUUAGAGGACUUUGAAACACUCAUUCCAAGUGAAUAUGUGCAUGGAAUGGGAACAAAAGACAAGUUUGAUGGAAAGAAAAUGGGUCUUUCUUCUACCACAUUUGAUGCAGCUCUUGCAUCGAUGUUGGAAGCAGCAGAAGAAAAUGUGUAUUUUAAUCACGAGGAUUAUGACCAGUAUGCAAGUACAAACAAAACGCGCUCUUAUGACAGAGAGAGUCCCAUGGACAGAGAGAUGUAUGCGAUAUCCCAGAAAUCACGUGAGAAUGACAUUCGAGCCAUUUAUGGUUCUCCUUUAAAAAGUAGCAAGAGUAUGCGUCAGAGUCGUCCCAAGACGCAACAGAAACCAGUUAGCUAUUUUUCAGACGAUGAGGACUUUGAUGGGAGACCCCGGAGAAGUAAUUCCCCCUCUCGGGUCAAAAGAGAUAAGUCACUAGAAGACUGGGAGAGAAGAAUGUUACAGAAAAACUCAGCAAGGAGCAGUCGCAAAAACUCCCCACUCAAAAAGAGUAAAUCCAAUAACUAUGCGUCUAAUAGGUACUCAACUGAAAGUGAGGAAGAGGAGGUGAAAAAGAAUCCGUCAAGUUACAGGAACUGGGGGCCCCAGACCAAGAAUGCUUCAAUAGCAGGCCGCUUAGCUAAUUUCUCCAUUGAGACCCCUCCACCAAGAAAUAAUGCAGAUGUGAAUGGAGAAUAUUAUUAUCCCUCGCGGACUAACAGUCUUGUGAUCGAGGAAUCAAAAUUCAAAUCAGUGACUGCUGUGCCUGAUGAAGAGGCGGAGAGUUCAUUCAUGGGGAAAGUCAUUGAACAGCGAGAUCGCGUCAAUAAAAUUCGACAAGCCAGAAAAUCGGCUGAAGUUAUUCAGAUGGCUUGGAGGAAAUAUCAAGAAAAGAAGAAACAUGCCCGCUGGUGAUAAAACUCGACCUGUUUUAUAGUGCCAAAGGGGAUGGAUAUUUUAUUUUAAUUCAGGGAAAAGUAAUCAAAUGAUAUUAAAAUUCCAUUUUUUUUUCAAAUGAUAAAUUGGCAUGAAGACAAUUAUUUUCAAAAUGCAAUCAAAAUAUUAUUGUUCAUUGUGUAAAGUAUAGUGCUACUUUUUAUGAAAAUUGGAAGACUACAUUAGUUAAUACCGGUACAUGUAACUUGAUUGAACUUUGAAAUUUCUUCAAUUCAUGUAAAGUAUAUGACUAUAAGUUAGUACCAUUUUGACAAUAUAAAUUGAUAAUUCAUAUCUGUGCUUAUGUGUAUGUGUGUGUGUGUGUAACAUUAGUAUGUAAUGACGGAUGUAUGCAUUGUAGUGUAUGUUUUAAAAGUGUUUGACUUGCAUGUACAUUGUGUAAACAAAAUUUCAAACAAACAUAAUCAACAUGCAAUGCUUGCCCCAAACAGUCUCAUUAUAGUCUGUGAUAGUUUAAAUAUUUUUUUUUAGUUUUGAAUUUUAUUGUCCUUAGUACUUUAAUGUUUUGUAUUUUUUUUUAAAGUAUAUUUAAAAGAUGUAGACAUUCCAUUGAAUUGUAGACAAACUUUGCAGAAUCUCUGUCAUACCGUCCAGUUUACAAUUUAUACAUAGAAGAAAUUGAGAUAUAUUUUUAUACAUUUACCAGUCCCAAUAUGUUGUACAUGUAAUAUGGACUGUAGAUUUUGCUGUUUUUAUGUUAGAAUGUAAAAUCAUACAAAUUUUUUAUUUAAAAAAAAUAGAUAUAAAUGUACCACUGUUCAAAUCUCAUAUCAUGCUCCCGUGUGAACAUGAAUAAAACAAUAGUUGAUAAAUAACAAUUAAAAAGAUAAAAUACUUUGUGUUUUUAUUUAUCAGUUAUCUCAGAAAGCAAAAAAUAUAGAUUUAUUGUAGAUUCUUCAACCAUAGUAAGGUGGUAUAGGACACGCAUCCUUAUUCUGACAUACUUUAUAUCAAAAUAAACAAUGAAAUCGAGCAUAAUUUUAUAAUAAUUUUCUCUCCAAAAAUUGUUACCUAACAUCAUAGCGCAAUGGGUUAAAGCCUUAUAGAUAACUACUUUUCUGUAUGUCACAAUU